GAUACUUCGAAUACGAACGAUCUGGUUACGGAAGGUGACGAGAGAGGGUUCCUGCCUUUAUUAGCUACCAGCACAAGCCUGAGUCCUCGGCUCUCCGUACCUUGCCGUCUACAACCUUCCAAUCGCCCUCACCUAGCCUGCCGACACACCUCUGCAGACCACCUUAGGGUUUCUCAACCCCUUGGGAUCGAUGCGGAUACUGACGACUAAGCACCUGAGGGUGCCAAUGGCCGCCUUUUAAUAUGGCAUCCAGAGGCACAAUCACUCCGCUGCCAGUCAUCCACGAGGAGGGGGACUGGGAAGACUCCUCCUCCUCGUCGGAUGACGACUACAACGAAGACGAGGACCUUCUCUUGCCCCACGAGAGGGCCCGUCCGCCUUCUCCUCCCGCCCACUCGGCGCGACUCCGUCUCAUCUACCACUCGAGGACCUGGGAGACGCAGAUCUACAUGCUGAGGGACGGCAAGGCCCUCAAGGAGCGAUCCUCCUACGAGACGUUGAGCGAUGGAUUCUUCGCCGCCGACGCGUUUGCCACGCUCCUCAGCCACUGGUCCAACGUGCUUCCCGAGCGACUCAAAGAUAUCCUUGGAGAGGACCACCCUUACCUCGAGCGCUUCGUACUCCCCGCCGCGCCGCGCCAGUUCAAGCUCAUUAAGGGCAUGGACAACUCCAGACAUCUGCCCGAUCAGCUCCUCGAGCCGUUCCCCGAAAUGGAGGGUAGACUCAUCAUGCAGAGAAUGCGACCCAUCAAGCCGACCGUCGUCCGCAUCAUCAUCGAUCAUACCAUCGGCCGCGACUUCCAGAAACAGGCUCUCAUGAUGCCAGAGAACUACAACCUGCACCCAAAGAUCUGGCUUGGCUUCAAACAGCCGCUCGAGGUCAGAGAGGCGCUCAAAGACUACCCGAACCUCGCGACGCAACCGGCCUACCUCGACCAGCUCCUCAAAUUCAUCGGUCGCCCUGGCGUCCUCGAGCUCGCGCGCAAGAUGGGCACCGCGCUCGCCAUCAUUCAUCACGACAUGCACAAGGACGCCCGUAACGUCAAGUUCCGGCUCGCGUACGAUCCUAUGCAGGACAAGCCGCAGCUCUGGGUGUGUGGGCUGGGAAACAUGGACGAGUUGAAAGUCAAUGAGGACAGAGACGAUUUCGUGGGAGAUCCGGCUGGUUACAUUUAGGAGAACGAGCGUUUCUUCCCGCGGCCUGGCGUUGGUCCUGGCAUCUUUGACGCGUUCUGGGCGGCAUACAUGAUUGUCAGUGAAGGAAUUAUUCAGUGGAAGGAGGAUAUUGCGCCGGAGGGAUCGUAUCGGGAUCAGGAGAUGAGGAAGUUGCUUUUG